AUGACACCUGGUAAGAACGAAAGGCGUAAACGUGGUCGUUGGGAACAGUACAAUGCAGAUUUUAAUGCAGAUGAUAGCUCGCAAUCUAGCAGUUUGUGGGAAAAAGGCAAUUCAAAUGAUAAGGAUGUCGUAGUACCAAAAGCAGCAAGUAAUAGUUUAGAAAAUCAAAUAGUAACCUCUCGCGUGGACGAAUUUGGUGCAAAAGAUUAUAGACAUGAAAUGAAAUUAAAGUCUGAUCAUGAGGCACGACCUCUUUGGGUUGCUCCAGAUGGUCAUAUCUUUUUGGAAUCUCUUAGCCCCGUGUAUAAACAUGCUCACGAUUUUUUGAUUGCUAUUUCUGAGCCUGUAUGUCGACCAGAAUUUAUUCACGAAUAUCAGCUUACCGCGUAUUCAUUAUACGCUGCUGUGUCUAUCGGAUUACAAACCAAUGAUAUUAUCGAAUAUUUGGAACGUUUGUCCAAAUCUUCCUUACCGAAAGGGAUUAUAGAAUUUAUUAAAAUGUGCACUGUCAGCUAUGGUAAAGUGAAAUUGGUUCUAAAAUAUAACCGUUACUUCAUUGAGUCACGUCAUUCGGAUGUUGUACAAACUUUACUGAAGGAUAAAGUAAUUCAACAGUGCCUUGCUGAGGAUAAGCCGGCGAUGAAAGUGCCGCAAACAGACAUUAACUUGAGUAAAAUUCAAAUUCCGGGGACCCAGAAGCAAUUGCAAGAAAGUAAAGAAAAGGAAAUGGAGAAAACGAAUGAGGUGCCAGAAGAUAUCAACUCCUAUUACGGAAAACUGGAUGGUGAUGAUGACGAAGAUGAAGAAGCUAUUAAAAACCUUCAACUGCUUACAUUUGAAAUUAAGCAAGAAUCAAUUGAAAUUGUGCAAAAAAGGUGCAUAGAGUUGGAGUAUCCAUUAUUGGCAGAAUACGAUUUUCGCAAUGAUACCUUUAACGAAAAUUUGGGAAUCGAUCUUAAACCGUCCACUACUCUGAGACCUUAUCAGGAGAAGAGUCUGCGGAAAAUGUUUGGUAAUAGUCGUGCUCGUUCCGGAGUUAUUGUGUUGCCGUGUGGUGCUGGCAAAACACUAGUUGGUGUUACUGCAGCAACAACUGUUAACAAGCGGUGCUUGGUGCUCGCUACAUCAAAUGUUUCCGUAGAACAGUGGCGUGGUCAGUUCAAACUCUGGUCUACUAUUCGAGAUGAUCAGUUAAUUCGAUUUACUCGUGAAGCACGGGAUCCCGUACCCUCUGGGACAAAUGCUAACAAGCCAAUUGUGUGCAUAAGUACGUAUUCUAUGGUUGCUUACACUGGAAAGCGAACAUAUGCUGCUGAAGAAGCUAUGAAAUACAUUGAAAGUCGGGAAUGGGGGCUUGUAUUACUCGAUGUGGAGGCAAAACUAUUUGUAGAAGUUCAUACGAUACCAGCUAAAAUGUUCCGGCGAGUACUGACUAUCGUGCGAGCACAUUGUAAAUUGGGAUUAACGGCAACAUUAGUUCGUGAGGAUGAUAAGAUUACUGAUUUGAAUUUUUUGAUCGGUCCGAAGAUUUAUGAAGCAAACUGGAUGGAACUUGAAAAGGCAGGACAUAUUGCAAAAGUCCAGUGCGCUGAGGUCUGGUGUCCAAUGACUGCCGAAUUUUAUUCUUACUAUUUGCGUGCUCAGAUUGGUCGUCGUCUUCUGUUAGCUGUGAUGAAUCCUAACAAGUUUCGAAUAUGUCAUUUCUUGAUCAAAUAUCACGAGCGCCGCAAUGAUAAGAUUAUCGUCUUCUCAGACAAUGUGUUCGCUUUAAAAAAAUAUGCGAUAGAAAUGGAUAAACCAUUUUUGUACGGUGAAACAGGACAAAAUGAACGAAUGAAGAUUCUACAGAAUUUCCAGUACAACCCAAGAGUGAAUACAAUCUUCGUGUCGAAGGUGGCGGAUACGUCAUUUGACUUACCUGAAGCUAAUGUUUUGAUCCAAAUAUCAGCACAAGGUGGUUCUCGAAGGCAAGAGGCACAACGAUUGGGCCGCAUAUUGAGAGCAAAAAAGAACUCCAGUGAUACCUUUAACGCUUUUUUCUACUCACUUGUUUCACAGGAUACAGUUGAAAUGAGUUACUCUCGAAAACGUCAGCGCUUCUUGGUGAAUCAAGGAUAUGCAUACAAAGUUGUGAACCGAUUGCCAGGAAUGGAGAAAGAAGUCUUGAAGUUGGCUACUAAAGAUUCCCAACUUCUGUUGCUGCAACAGGUUCUAGCUGCUACGGAUGCAGAUGCCGAAGAAGAAGAUAUGAAAGAGGAAAGUGUAGAUGGUUCGAGGGAAGCAAAAAUAAUGCGAAAAGAAGGAUCUUUUUCUUCGUUCUCUGGGAGUAGUUCUAUUUCAUAUACACAGAAAACACGCACUGUUAAAGAAGAAGAUCGACAUCCGUUAUUUAGAAGAUUUCGAGCUAUCAAAUAA